AAGAACCAUGACAACCGAGUCUUCUCAAACGACGGAUCCGUAUCAGCACCCGCAACAACGGGCUGAACCACAUCAGCCAACACAGCGGAUAGCUGCUGAACCGGAGCCAAGGGUAUUUUGUGGACUUCCAAUUGGUGGAGCUGUUGGAAUUCUCGGAUCCAUUCUCAUGAUAUGUCAAAUAUUCGGACUUUUGUAUCCAUCUCCAUUUGUGCUCUACGUUUUCGAGAUUUCUAUUGGAAGCGCCAUGAUGUUUGUUCUAUCAACUGGUGCAAAGCGUAGAAAAAUUGCCUAUAUCACUGCUUACAUGUUAUAUCUAUCAAUGUACACAUUUUGGGUGUUUUUCUUGAUCCUGGGAGCAGUUAUUGCAUGUAUUUAUUUAUCGGAUAACAAUGAUAACAUUUGCAAUCCAGAUAACCAAAAGGAUGUAACCACUGCGAAGGGAUGUGUUCCAAAAAUGACAACUGGAGAAUUAGAAAUGGUUAUAAUCUCAUGUUUCUUCCUAACUGUUAGUAUUAUUGUUGCACUCGUCCAAAUGCGAUAUAUGAUGAUUCUCUACAACUUCCUCAGAAGAAAUGCAUACAGAUUACCUCAACAUCAGGCGUCAAAUUACAAUGUUCAAUACAUUGUACCAACACCAAUGAGUCCCAGUGGUAUGCCACCACCACCAAGAUAUACCGCCUACGCCCCACCAAUGUCAAGUCAAACUGCUCCUCCGAUUCCUACAAAACAACAACCUGUUGAUAGCGAGAGUUCGACGACGUCGGCAUCAACGAGGAGUGGUUCUUUCGUAUCGACACCGAUUUUGACAGUUGCCAAUAGUGAACCAACAGGAGCUGACAAUUCGGCGUUUACAAAUGAUGAAGAUCCAACCCGACCACGUGCAACUUCUCGGCCGCCUGCAUAUAGUGACGUGGUUGAACCAGGACAUAUAACAGUCCGAAGUGACGUUCUUCAAUAGAUUUCACUCUGUCUUCUAUGUAUAUUUUGACAUUUGCUCGUGGUUGUGUGCAAUAAUAAAAAUGUUGCUUGAUUGGU